UUUAUUGAGGUCUACAUUUUUCUCUGCUCCAGACAUUAGCUUUUUAAUGAACUAUUAGGCAUAGGCUGAUCCUUUACCAUUCUUCAGAAUUUUAGCACUAGACUUCAUUAGCAAACUUGUAGCCUCCCGAAGGAGCUCAUCCUUUCUUUGGAACACAUUCUCCCGAGUCUUCUUUGCCUCCACACACUCCCUCAAGGUGAUGUCUCCCAGUUACCUGAAGGUCAUCUUUAUAUGGAUAUUGCAUAACCACCUCAAGCUGACUUUAGGAAGAGCCCUCUCCUCCCUUUGAGAUGGCUCUCCACUUCUCUUAAAUACAGAAAAAGGACAGAGCGUACCAAUUGUCAGUGCUUGCCCACUCUCUUGUCAUUUCCAGUCUCACUAGACACUCCUGCCAUCUCCACCUCACCACCAACCCCUCCUGUCUGUGUCUCACUCCUUCUCCUCUCCAGCUAAAUCUUUGAUCAUUUUCUUCUGUUGAUUUAAAUUGAUGGAUAUCCUUUUGGCUACCUGCUUUAAGUCCAUGCCCUAAGGACCUUCCCUUUUCUCUCAAGGCUGGUUCCUCACACUCAUCCUCCCCCUAGUUUUCCUUUCUCCUUUGUCUGAUCUAUCUAAUAUUGUGUGUGACGCUGGCGAUGAUGUCGGGGGUGGCAGUGGCCACAAUGGGCAUGUAGACGCCAGAGAGCAACAUUUCAAAGUUGUCUCUGUCCUAUUUCAUAGAUUCUGUCUGGAGAUUGAACUCGGAUUUCAGGAAGGCGUUGGCAGCAAGUGCAUUUACCUGCUGAGCCUCUCUACAGCGCCCGUAUUUCCUCUAAUUUCUGUUGCCCAGACAAAACUUCCCCUGCCCCUCUCCACCUCUCCCUCUGGAUUUUGUUUUUCUGAGAGCCUUGAAUGCCUGCUCCUCCUAUCUCUACCUAUGAAAUGCUGGGGUUACAGGCAUGCACCUUCAUAGCCAGCCUGUCUGUCUGAGACAGAGUCUCACAUACUAGCCCAGAAUGGCCUGAAACUCACUGUGUAGUUCAGGAUGGCCUCUAACUGGGAUCCUCUCAACUCAGCUUCUUUGUCUUCCUUACAGUUCUUCUCACAUCCAGACCCUCAUGAUACACACAUUGUCUUUUCAGAAUUAACUGACCCAAGACUUGUUCUCGAUUGAAUAUCCAGAACCCCCUUCUCUCCUUAGCCAGCUAGCAGCAUCUCUCAUUGCCCAUAGUCCCUGCCUCGACCCACAGUUUUCAUAUUCAGAAAGGUAUCCUCUGUGAAAAGCAAAUCAAACCAAAGAAAGGGAGGGUUUGUCUUGUGUUGGUGACGUAUCCUGGGUCCAUGUUUUAGUGACACGGUUCUGUACUACAUGGGAAGUAUUCUAAAUCAGAUGAAUUUUAACUGAAAGCUGAUUUUUUAAAAAAAAUGUAAUCUUUCUACAAGGCAAAAAUUUGGCAUUAUGUCUCUUGAAAGAUCAAAAAUUUAAUAGUACAUAUUCUCUAGGCUUAGGGGUUAUGAAUUGAGAAUGUUUUUGUUUGUAUUGGUUUGGGGCUCUCUAUUGCUGAUGUCACCAUGAAGCCCAGGCUGGCCUGGAACUGGCAGUCCUUCUGCUUGCCUCUUUGCCCACAUGGAGAACGCUGUUCCGAAGUAACACUAACUCAUUCCUAACAAAACUCUCCAAUUUGGACGCCAGCUUAAAAAGUUCCCAAAAAGGGAACAAAAGAAAACCACAUCACUCAUUACUUAGUGCCUAUUGUGUGUGAGGCACUCCUUUGGAAAUGUACAUGCUAUCUCUCUCAGUCACUUCUCCGUGAGGUAAAAUAUCAUUAGCUUCACUGAACCGAAGAGCUGUGUGGCGCAGGAGGAUUAGUCACUUGCCCGUGGUUCCUGGUGAAUAAUUGGCAGAGCUAAGAUUUCGACUCAGGAGUCUUUGAGAUCAAAGCCAGACACUUGGCCGUUGCCUGAAGAUGCAAGCAAGCCCUGUUCUACCGAGGUACAGAACAAGAGGCCACCUCUGGCCCCCAGCAGCUGUCCAGCCUGCAGUCCCAGUCCUCAAACCCCCAACGACCCAAUCCCAUCCCCUUCCCUACUGAAGGAGCGGAAAGAGAAGAGAGAAGAGAGAACAGAGGGAUUGAAAGAGAUAAACGGAGAUCUCUGGAGCAGACCUCAAGGUGAUUUCCAUUUCUAUCUGGUUCUCGUCUGGGGGGGCCCUGGCCGGGCAGCCCCCCCACACUUCUACCGUCCUGAAACACGGCUCUAGCCAACCUGCUCCGCUGCUUUACCUGCGACCGUCUCUGCGGGGGCUGCACGGCACCAGCCCCUCCAGCCCGCCAGGGCAUCGUCCUCCAGCCCGUCAUGCCCAGCUGUGACCCUGGCCCGGCCCCUGCCUGUCUACCCACCAAGACUUUCCGCAGCUACCUUCCCCGCUGCCACCGUACUUACAGCUGUGUCCACUGUCGAGCACAUCUGGCCAAACACGAUGAGCUUAUUUCCAAGUCCUUCCAAGGGAGCCAUGGCCGGGCCUACCUGUUUAACUCCGUGGUCAACGUGGGUUGUGGGCCAGCUGAACAGCGCCUCCUGCUCACAGGACUCCACUCGGUAGCUGACAUUUUCUGCGAAAGCUGCAAGACCACACUGGGCUGGAAAUAUGAACAAGCCUUUGAGACCAGCCAGAAAUACAAAGAAGGGAAGUACAUCAUUGAGAUGUCACACAUGGUGAAGGACAACGGCUGGGACUGAGGGGGGCUCAGCAGGCUGGGACCCUCCUCCGCAUGCCCCACCUUCUCACACCAGUCCCCUGGCCCCGUGAGCAGUCCACACCAGCAUGAGUACUGCCCACCCCUGGGGAAACCUGGCUCCAAACGACCACCGCCUCCCUCCCCCCACCGCAGCAGUACCAGGUCCCCUUGGAACCGGAGCCUGCGAUACCCCAGGGGUAGUGAAGGCUCAGGAGCGGGUAGCAGUCAGGGAAAUACGAAACUGGGGAGAGGAGACGCUAACAGCACUGAAAACAGAGUGAUGGCAGGGUGUGAACUCAGGCAGAUAGGACUAGGAGUUAUCAACCUUUGAUCCGCCUUUUUUUUGAAUAACCAGGACAAACCCCUGGUGGUGGGGCUAGACCACAGAAUAGCAGAGACUUAGGUUGGAGUGAAAUUUUGGUCUCAGAUAUCAGGGCCCCAGAGUCUGAGGGUAGUUUACUCAACCCCAUUCUUGGUCUAAAAAAAAAGGACUAGAGAUGGGGCCAAUAGAAGGAAAAAACACAAACCCUAGACCCUGGGAAAUCAGUUGCAGGGGUUCCCAUUUCACUCCGCUGUUUACCUUGGCACUACAGAGGCACUUUUAAGUAUCUAAUCUUUGCCAUUGGGUGGGGUGGGGAAAGCUGCCCCAAGAACAGCCCCCACCCCUGGCUGGCUGUUGCCAGAGAGAGCAGUCUUUACGGGCAUUCCCCAAGGCUCAGCCACUGCUCUCUGGGACCCAGUCCCUUGGAGGCGGUGGAUCAUCGGCGCUGCGGGACCAGUCUUUCCAGUGACUGCCACCAGCGAACGAAACUUUUGUAUGAUACAUAAAGUGUUUGGGUCUAUUUUUAAUAAAAAGGGGAAAAGCAAC